AUGGCGGAUGAUGCACAAAAAAACCCUCCAUGUCAGCAGCAAAAAGUCAUAAUCCUGAACAAAUAUGGCAAUAAACUAGUGGGCAUACUACAUGAAUCUGGAACCCAAGCCAUUGUUAUCCUAUGCCAUGGUCUUCGAACUUCCAAGGAAAACUUUAUUAUGACAAAUCUAGCUGCUGCCCUAGAGAAUGCAGGAAUCAGUUCUUUCCGGUUUGACUUUACUGGAAAUGGGGAAAGUGAAGGUUCAUUUGAGUUUGGUAGCUACUGGAGGGAAGCUGAGGAUAUACAUGCUGUAGUUCAACACUUUCAAAAAACAAACCGUACAGUUAUUGCAGUUGUUGGGCACAGUAAAGGAGCUAAUGCAGCGCUUCUUUAUGCGUCAAAAUAUCAUGACAUUAAAACAAUUGUCAACCUAUCUGGUAGCCAUGAUUUGAAGGUAGGCCUUGAAUAUCGUUUUGGUAAAGAUUUUAGGGAAAGACUGGAGAGGGAAGGUUUCAUUGAGUUGAAGGCAGAAUCAGCAGGAGGUAUUGAUUAUCGUGUAACUGAAGAAAGUUUGAAGGAUCGAUUAAACGUAAUUAUGCUUGAAGAAUGCCUGCAUAUUGACAAAGAAUGCAGGGUCUUUACAGUUCAUGGUGGAGAAGACACCCUAAUCCCAGCUGUAGCUGCACUUGAGUUUGCUAAGGUUCUACCUAAUCACAAGUUACACAUCAUAGAGGGGGCUGAUCAUGUAUAUACGGAUCAUCAAGCUGAGUUAGCGUCCUUUGUGGUGUAUGUUAUGAAGGAAACCUUGCAAAUGGACCUUCUUAAUGCUAGUUAG